GAUCAUCAGGAUGUGGAAAAUACUGGUCUUGUGCGCGCUCGCGGGCCUGGCGACCGCCGAGGUGGCCAUGUUCAGGAACUACAAGGUUUUCCGAAUUAUGCCGACCACGGUAGCACAAGUUGAAGUGCUGAAACAAAUGGAAAAUCUUUCUGAUGGCUUCUCCUUCUGGGAAAUGCCUAGUUUCGUUGGCAGACAGGUGGACAUCAUGGUAGCUCCGCACAAGCUGCCCGAGUUCCACGAGAUGAUGAGCCAGAUCAAUGCACCGUAUCACCCUCACAUCGACGACGUUCAGAUGCUGAUUGACGAGACGAUGCCGAAGUACUACAGCCGCGCGACAACUUUCAACUUCACCAGUUACCACACCCUCGACGAGAUCUAUAAGAACCUGGACGACCUGGCGAAGCAGUAUCCGAACAACGUGCAGGUCAUUAAUGGCGGCAGGACGCACGAGGGACGUCAAAUCAAGGGUGUCAAGGUCUCCUUCAAGGAGAACAAUCCCGGAAUCUUCAUCGAGGGUGGCAUUCACGCCAGGGAAUGGAUCUCGCCGGCGGUCGUCAUGUACAUCACGCAUCAGUUGCUGACCAGCGAGAAUGCGGAAGUCCGAGCUUUAGCUGACAGCCACGACUGGUACAUCUUCCCCUCGUUCAACCCCGACGGUUACGUAUACACCCACACUACGAACCGAUUAUGGAGAAAGACACGCAAGCCGUACACACUGUUCUGCGCCGGCAGUGACCCUAACAGGAACUGGGACUACAGGUGGAACACCGGAGGCGCCAGCAGUAAUCCGUGCGCCGAGACCUACGCUGGGAGUGCGCCGUUCUCCGACAUCGAGACGAAGAGCAUGUCCGAGUACAUCAAGACUAUUGCCGACAAAUUCUACGCGUACAUCUCGUUCCAUAGUUACUCGCAGUUGUUGCUGUUCCCUUACGGUCACACGAGGGACCAUCUUGAGAAUUACGACGAAUUGUUUGAUAUCGGUUCAAAGUCCAUCGCCGCCCUCAAGAAGAGAUACGGAACCGAAUAUGUGACCGGAAACAUUGCCGAGACAAUCUACAUAGCAACCGGAAGCACCGUGGAUUACAUCAAGGGUAUUCACAAGAAACCGAUUGCUUACACUUACGAACUGCGCGAUCAAGGUCGUUACGGCUUCUUGUUGCCCGCUGACCAAAUAAUACCCACUGGAGAGGAAACUAUGGACUCCCUCUUGGCUAUGUUCAAAGAGAUAAAGGCACGCGGAUAUCCCAAAAGUAGUUAAGACUCUCGACUGAUUAAUAUUUAUAUAUAUGAUAUUAAAUAUCUAAUUCUAUUUUGUGUAAUCGAUUGAUACGAUAAUGAACGUUGAUCUCUUCUAUUUUUAAUUCGGACUUUUCUGCGAUAUCUUCUUAUCAGUUAUCUCGCGCAACGAUCGGCGUUCCUUUUGUAUAAAGAUCAUAAACGAAGCAUGCGUUAUCAAAAAAGAAUCAGAGACGUCAUUAAGUAGUUUUACGAAGUACGUUCACAUGUAAUAUUUAUUAAAUUUAUUGUAUAUAAUUAAUUAAGCGCUCUGACACCACUUUUAGUACUAGUUUAGACUGGACUAAUUUAAAAAAAAUUAUUUCUUCUAAUAUAUUGAAAUUAUACCUUAUUUAAAAAUAACAUGUAACAUUUUAUAAAGACAAACUGUAAUAUUCUUCUUAAUAUGUACAUAUAUUAUAAAUAUAUUUGAACUGUCAG